UCCGCCUUUCGGCGCUUCCGGACCGGCGGCUCCGCGUGCGGCGCGUUCGGCUGCCCCCGCCCCUGUCGGUGCCGCCCCGCCCCCGCUGUCGCCAUCAUGUCGCGAUUCUUCACCACCGGCUCCGACUCCGAGUCCGAGUCGUCGGCGUCGGGAGACGAAGCCGCCCCCAAAGCGCCGGGAGGGCCCUACAGCAAGCCGCUGCUGCUGAGCGAGGACGAGGAGGACACGAAACGCGUGGUGAGGAGCGCCCGGGACAAGAGGUACGAGGAGCUCACCAACCUGAUCCGCUCCAUCCGCAACGCCAUGAAGAUCCGCGACGUCAGCCGCUGCCUGGAG